AGGAAAAUACCGAUCGGGGCGCCAUGGUGCACCCGCCUUGAAGGGGGAAGUGAUGAGGGUUGUGCUUUGCGGUUGAGAUUGUCGUGGCAGUGUAUUAGUGCAGUUCAGGAGCCAGUGUGCCACGGAUGGUUGAGUGUGCAAGUGCGCAAGGAGUGGCGCUGUGAUGGAGGGGCCGCAUGUGGUCCGCCCCUUACGCCCUGCGCAGUGCCACGCCUCUCUGUUUGACCAGCUGGGCGGCGUGUUCGAGGCGCAGCCGUCGCGCUCGUACUCGGGGGACGACGUGGAGCCCGAGAGCCGCGCUGAGGGGAACCCCCUCAAGCGCUCCUGGUCCUUCGACGAGCGGAAGUUCGGCCAGCUGGCCCACGGCGGCGGCGAUGCCCGCGAGCGAGGCCCCGACGCCCACGCCGCCCACCACCCGCGGGCUGCCAUGAUGCCGCCGCCGCCGCCCCUCGACCAGGACACGCGCCGUCAGCUGGACGAGUUCGAGGAAGUGAUCUCGCGCAUGGAGACCAUGAA